AACUAUAAAGUUAUUGUAACAAGAUUUUAGUUUGUUAUUUUUACUGGUCUGAAAUUCGAUGACAUAAUAAUACAGUGUCUAUCGAUCUAAACCAGCACAAACAAUAACAUAACUUUCAACAUGUAUUUGUGUUUGUUUCCACGAGACAAUAACUAUUAAUUCUUAAAGUUUGCUAAUAAUCAUGGCUAGCCAUGAUCAAGGUGUAAUAGAACAAGCUACUCAAUUGACUGGUCCUAAUACUGUCACUGCAGAAGACAAACCUCUUCUGCAGAAAAACAAAAAACUGAAAGGGAUACUUUUCUUUCGAAGGUUUCGACAGUCCAUAUUGAUCAAGUCCAAAGCUGCUAAUAUGAUACUCUUUUGGAAUAUUCUAGUUGAAUUAAUUUUCGGACUUUUUGCAGAUCCUGGUAAUCUUUUUGUUUUAGUUUUCAAUUUGUUUGAGGUGUCCCCUUUCUUCACUAGAGAUGUCAUAGUUUUUUAUAUCAUGAUAGGAUCAGGGGUGUAUGGUGUGAUUGCGUUUUGGCUGCUGUUUUACCCCCUGGCUGGAUACUUGGCUGAUGUUCGUUUUGGGAGGUAUAAAGUUGUUAUGUGUGGAUUGAAAACAAUGUGGGGAUCGUUGUUGAGCUUAAUCAUCUGCGGAGUCGUCAUUUGCUCUAUAGGUUUGCCUGUCAUUUUGCUGAAAUGUUCACCUUCAUUUUGUAGCAUUUUUAUCUACACAUUUGAUGUAUUGGCAAAUGUGUUGAUUUUUGUUGCUUUUGUUGCUGUACUAAUAGGUUUUGCUGCAUUUGCUGCUAAUGUGAUACAGUUUGGAAUUGACCAGCUUCAAGACUCUCCUGCUAGAGAUUGCUUCUUAUUUAUUCACUGGUUUUUAUUCACACUUUACUUUGGAAUUGGUCUGGGAAAGAUUGCGUAUAGCAUGGGAAUUUCCACUGGUGGUUAUAGUUUUAUUUUUUAUUAUGCAUUUGUGUUGUUUUUGUUCUUGAUUGCUGUUCCUGUUUCUCUUUGCAUUGCUAAGCGCAGGUGGUUUAUUACCAACUCUGGCAUUGGCAACCCGUAUAAAGAAGUAGCAAGAGUUGUUUCUUUUGCUCGGAAACACAAAAUUCCAAUUAGACGCAGUGCCUUCACCUACUGGGAGAAUGAUAUACCGACAGGACUGGAUCUUGGUAAGAGCAAGUAUGGAGGACCCUUCACAACAGAGCAGGUGGAGAAUGUGAAAUCAUUCUUUGGAAUUGUGUACAUCUUGCUCUCACUCGGACCAUUCUUUGCAGUGGAUAUUGCUGCAUCCGUUUUCCUUCUAAUUCUGAAACAUCACAUGGCAAGUACUAGCUUUCAAUAUGGCAGUUUUGAAAACAUACUUGAUUCUGCAUUUUCAACUGGUGACACACUUUACCCUGUUAUCAUUAUCACUUUACUUCCAGUUUAUCUCAAAAUAAUUCAUCCUCUACUUCAGAGAUAUGGUAUCCUAAAGCGUAUUGGAAUCGGUCUUUGUCUAAUCACAAUCAACCUAAUCUGUUCACUGCUAAUUGACUCAAUUGGUCACAUUCUACCCAGUGGUCUGAAUUCCACCUCUGUAUUUGAACCUCAACACUUCAAUUUCGUUGAAUUUAAGUAUGUGAGCCCGGCACCACUGAACGUUAAUUUCUCCACAGUUCCUUAUUAUUCAGCAAGUCCUUUUGGCAAUGGCCUACAUACUGAUCUAUGGUGGUGUGUUUGAGUUUAUUUGUGCACAAAGCCCUCAUUCCAUGAAAGGUCUUCUCAUUGGAAUUUCUUUUGCUGUUAAAGGAGUCUUUCAGCUGAUCGGUGUUCUUGGAAUUCUGCUACCAUUCAGUUUCUGGGUUUCCUCCCCGAGAGCAGGUUUAGUGUAUUUCUUAGUCAACAUAGUGAUAUCUGUCACUGGUGUUGUGGCUUUCACAGUAGCGGCAAAGAAGUACCAGUAUCGACAGCGUGAUGAGUUCUGCAAUAUACGGAAGUUCAUUGAAGAGUUUUAUGAAAAGGAUGUUAGUCAUAAUCGAGAGUUUGAGGAACUGGAUGUCAACACUGCUGACAAUUAGAAGACUGCAUGCCUCAUGAUCAGCUAGUGAUGUAGUUAAAUUGUUCCAUAAUUAUUAUUGACUUGUAAUAAUUAUAAUUUAUAGAUAGCUAAUGCCACUUUAUUUUUUUGGCUAUUUUAUAUCUUUAUUAUGUUUUAGAAAUUCAGCCUAUACACACAAUUAUAAAUGUACUAGAUUUCAAUGUUUCGA